AAUAAAAUAGGAAAUCAUAUGCAAAGUAAAUGGCAAAUCCAAGCAAGAUGAACUCACAUCGACAGGACGAUUACGCAUCGGAGAACUAUCUGCGCAGGAUUAAGGCGGAAAUCCGGAAGACGAACAAACCGAUCAUGGAGAAGAAACGGCGCGCACGCAUCAACAACUACCUGAACGACCUCAAGUCCCUUCUGCUGGAUGCGAUGAAGAAGGACCCCGUCCGCCACUCGAAGCUGGAAAAGGCGGACAUCCUCGAUCUGACGGUGAAGCACCUGCAGGACAUCGAACGGCGUCGGCUCGCGGUGGCGAUGGCUGUCGAUCCGUCGGUGCCGGAAAAGUUCGCCAGCGGAUACCGGGAGUGCAUCGACGAGAUAGCGAAGUACUUCGACACGCUCGGCACGGUGGACGAGGGGCUGAAGGGGCGCGUCCGGAAGCACCUCGAGAGUUGCCUCACCUUCCCCGGUAAGACGGCCCCAUUCCCCGGCGGAGUUGGUGCCUUCGGUGGCGUUCCGCUCAGCUCGCCCGACGACAUCAACAACAACACGCAAGGUUUGCUGAAUCGGGUGUUUGCCAACAACUUGUCGCUCGGGAUGUUUCCCUCGGCGGGCAUGGGAUUCCUCGGAGACCUCUCGGCGUCCAUGCCCUUCAAUCCGUUUCCCUUCUUCGGACCGUUGCGGGGCGUUCCCUCGGGGACGCUACCGGGCCAUGGCGGUUUUCCGGCGUCGCUGGAUCAGGAAGUUCCGGAGCUCAAGAGGGAGACAACACCACGCGAAAAGGAGCCCAACCAACGGAGUCACCCGGUGAACCCGGUCGUUCCCAGUCCUCCGGCAAGCCCUGGGCCUCCCAGCGAAGCGGACGACUCGGGGACGACGCUGAUGACGCCGGUCGGCAAGACGGGAACCGCCAGCGAGCAGCACACCAUGGAGCGACUGCUGGCCAUCUUCCCAACGCCACCGAGCCCCGAAGACCCGCAGCCAACGCAACGCCGGUUCGGCAAGCUUGGCCACCAUUUCGGGUCGUCCCCCUUUGUGCCGACGGGACGCUCGUUGGUGGACGAAACCCCGGACACCAGCCGGGAGGAAGGAGGCCCGAGUUCCGACACCUCCUCUCGGGAGGCAAACCGAGAGCAACCCGACGGCGAAGAGGGAAAAGAUAAUCCCAACGGGGAAAUGUGGCGUCCUUGGUGA